AUGGCCACUACAACGAGCAUCAUCGGGACCAAGGGGGCGGGAGAUGGAUCCUCAGACUCUAGGAAUUACACGGUCGUCCGUAAAACGACAAACCUCGACCGCAUGUUCUUUCUCUACCACCGUCUAGGAAUCCAAUCCAACGUCCUAGUCGCAGCUCGCUACGCCUCGGCCCAACCUGGAAAGCAGCGUCUAAUCCUUUCCGAUGAAGCAGUCUUCUCAGCUCUUCACGCCGUCGUCACAAAAUACCCAGAGCUUGGUCUCGUUGGCGUUGUGGAACGAACCGGCGAGGGCGACAAGCACCUCUUGUCUCUCGCCACGCUCAAGCACGUUAAUCUCGUACGCUGCGUUCAGUUUAUCGAUGACGAAACGACCCAGGUCGACGCCGAGCUCCUCGAGAAGCUCCACGGUCAGUGGCACUGGGCUGAUGGCAUCGAAGAGGGCGUGCCUUGGUGGAAAGUGAUUGUCGUCGGACGUCGAGACGUCGUGUUUGUUUACCACCACCUCAUCUGUGAUGGCGCUUUCGGUAUGACCUUCCAUCGUGAAAUUUUGGACGCUCUUAACGCUGUGGCCGUCUCCGACACGGGCUCCGCGCCACCUCGCAUCAUCCAGCUCGACCCCGACAGCGUACGGCUGAGCAAGGCCCUUGAAAACACUAUCCAUAAGAAGCCGGCUGUCCUCGGUGUCAUCUACAACCUGCUCGUGUUUCUCUUCUACCGAUUCAUGUACGCCAAGAAGCUCUUCUUUGUCGACUUUCCGAAGCCUAAAGAGCUACUCAAGGAUCCGAUGGCUGUUGCCGGGCCCUCAGAUCGCACCGUCACAAAGGUGACGACCUGUCGCAUCCCUUUCGAGAAGACGGACGCCAUCAUCAAGGCGUGCCGCGCGCAUAACACAACCUUCACACCUUUUCUGGCCGUCGUAGUCGCUGGCACGCUGGCGGCGGACUUUUAUCCCCACGCCGAGGUCGGAUUUACCCGAUACGCUGUGGACAUGCGAGCUACGGGCUGCUUUGAUACGACCUCCCCGGACGAGGGUAAACUUCUCAACCUGGCUGCGAGUCUUCCCGAGCCAGAGAGGUUGAACAAGUACCGCCAGGCUUUCUCGCAGUCGUCUGCUGUGGGCGAUAAGGAAAAGGGACUCGCCGCGACAGUUAAUGCCAAGGCCGCCUGGAACCUGAUUCAGGAUUACGGGAGGCGGAUGUUGGAAUCGCGAACUGGCGGCGAGGAGUCACCCCUGUACAAGGCCUGGAUCAGUGGCAAUGCCCUUCGCCCAAGCCUCGAGGACUUUACGGAGAAGCUGCCGUCGAUGGGGUUGUUCAUGCAGAACAGCUUUUCCGUCUCCAACGUUGGGUCCCUCAAGACCGCGCCUCCGUCUUCAAAUGUCGAAGAGCCACUUGUGAAGAUUGAGGAUGUGCAGUUCUCGGCUGGCCCGGUGCAAGGCGCUGUUGGCUAUCAUGGCAUUGUCUUCAAUGUUGCAGGAGUUGCGGGUGGCGAUACUGUCAUCAAUGCCUGCACCGAGGGAGGCAUGGCGCCCGAGGGCAUGGCUGAAGCUGUCCUGGAUGGUGUCAUGGCCAGAGUCAAUGCAUUAUUGCAGGAAGAGAGCAUCGCGAAGAAUAGUGCUGGCCAGAAGGGCUUCUGGCACGCUUUUGGCUGA